CACACACACACACACACACACACACAUGCACAUGCUCAAGGUCAAGGGCAUCAAAGGCGCGCAGAUGCGUCGUAGUGGUGGAAUUCGUUGCCUUGUUAAUCGCGCUCACCGUGCUGAACAACAUGAUUGUGCUGGCUCGAUAGGUCUCGUCAUCCCAGACAAUUCAAGUGGAGCUGCUUGCACAUCGCUCCCUGGAGCUGACGCGUGAGUUGGAAGAGCAGCUGCUGAACGCGCUCAAGGACACGCUAUUGGAACAAACAGAGGAUGGAACGUUUGGUACGCCACUCCGCAGAAUAUUCAACCUUGACGUGCCUGGCUAUUUGGUGCAGUGUCGGUUGGCGUCUGCAAUGGCGCAGCCGUUUGUAUUGCCCAUCUCAGGCAGCAGCAAGACACGUCCAUGCUUCACGCUGUUCCGCAACCGCAUCAUGGUGUUCUGCAGUCCUGAACGGCCGCGCGUGUCCCGACAGCAAACGCUCAACGGACACGUGGCAGCUCGUACGCGACAUGACGCAGCAGCGGUAGCAGGCGGUGACGACGACGCUGAUCCCGACAACCAGACGGCAAAGGCACCAAAGUUGGUGGAGAGUGGCAAAGCUGUGGACCAAGCGUUGUCCUCAGUGCCUCAAUCACAUGCGGGCGCAGGAGCGGCGAGGGGUCAGGGUGAGGGCCCUCGUUCCGCAGGAGCAGACACAACAGCACCGGUCGCAACAACAGCAGGUGACAGGAAUGAUGGCAGUGCGUCACCGCCGCUCUCGCCAGAAACACGACACGCCAUCAAGAUUGCACAGCUGACGAAGCGAGAAUUGAAGCGCCUCAUCAACGACGCAAUGCCAACAAUGAAAGCCAUCUUCCGUGGGGAGCAGUACAGCGAGCGGCAUGAGGCGUUCAAGCGCGGCGGGCAAACGCGCGGCCAUCUCCGCUAUUCCGUGUUCUUUGGAUCGUUCACAGGCCAACAGCGCGAGUUCAUCUCGUCAAAGCUCACAAAGGUCUUCUGUGCCCGGAGCUCAAAGUACCUCCCCUACACCAUGGACGUGUUGCUGCCGGAAUUGCUCAAGGAAAUCUACAAGAAGGUGCUCGGGCUGUCGUCGAUAGAGGCGGAAUCUGAACUUGGCGUCAACAAGAGGCCCAAUUACCACCAGCAGCAGUAAGCACAAGCAGCAGCAGCAGCAGCAGCAGCAGCAGCA